UGCGCAUAUUCCAAUGCUCUUGCGUUCCGGUACAGUUACAGCUCGCGAAGGUGAAAGCCCUACGGACCUCAAGUCUAAUAUAAUGCCCGACAAGGUGAAACAGGACGCGUCCGCGCCAGAUACCCCUCGUAUCGUCGAGCAGCUGACCGCGUUGCUAGAACGCCAGGCUACACCAGCCGACACCUUUCGCUUACCGCUGGCCGUGCCUACGUACGAGGGACACACAGACAAGAAAUCGGUCACAGACUUUUUGCAAGAUUUACAAGAUUAUCGCGACGCGCAAGCCCUCCCAAAUGAGACUCUUCUGCUACGCGUUCUGCCCGUCGCCCUGUCUGGCUCUGCCGCACGUUGGCGUCGUCGCCAGUCUUUCGAAAGUUGGUCUCACUUUGAGCAGCUAUUCCGUGCCGAAUUUCUGCCCCCCGACUACGCCGUCCGCAUGAAAGAUGAACUUCGCAGCCGUACACAGGCUGAGGAGGAAAGCCUCCAAGAAUACAUACGGUCCUUACAGGAGCUUUACGACCGCGCGGACCCUUCGGCACCUGAAGCGGAAAGAGUGGCUCGGGCAGUUAAGCAGUCGCAUCCGCGUUUUCAGGCGUAUUUGAGGGGUCGUUCAUUCUCUUCACUCGACGUCCUCGCUACAGCAGCGGGUGAUAUUCAGGCCGCGAUGUUGGCGGAGCUCACGUACCAACCACCGCCACCGCCUGAAUCCACUCUCGAGCCAUCGUGUGCGUGGCACGGUCGGUCCAACCCAAUGGCCUCACCGAUGACCCUACCAAGGGCUCUAGACCCAUUCAGCCACCACAAUCUGCCUGCUCCGUCCGCCUUCCCGUCAACUACCCAGGAACGUGGGACACCCACACCGGGCGCCUCGACCCAAGGCCAGCCCGUAGCGGUCGCCGCCCAUUCUAGUGCCGGAGGCACAAGUAGGAACCCUCCGGUAUGCUUCCAGUGUGGAGGUCGGGGCCACUAUAGGAGCCAGUGUCCAAGCAGACCACGUUCUGGCCGCUGGGGAAACGAGCGGGGCAGGCGAUGA